AUGGAGACUGACCUAAAGUGCAAUCGACUAACUUGUAGGACGGUAUUGACCGACAAGGCGAUUGUUACCAAUUGUUCCCAUAUCUUUUGUGUCGAUUGCGCUAACGAGUUGUUCGGGACCCACAAAUCUGUCCCGCAUGCGAUUCUGCUUUACCUGAACCACGAUGUAGUGUAUGCACUUUGCAUCCUACAAACGACUAUAAAACCCUCGUUCCAAGCCGCGAUUCUCAAGAACCUCAACGAACGGAAUGCGCAUUUACAGAAACAGCUAGAUAACGUCCGAAUUAGUUUGCUGAACAACAAGCUCACCAGCGUAGAGCGAGAUCUCGAAACCGAACGCCGGAAAUGCCGGGACCUUGCAGAAUCCACACGGGAAAAAGACAAAGAAUACCAAAAACUUAAAUCCCAAUACGACGUUCUCAAGCGAAAGACUAUACUAGCGCCUGAUACAUUGGCCACGGCCGCUGCGAACGAGGCAGCUCACCAGUUGGCUAUGAAUCGGACGGCAUCGCCUGCUGAGCAACAGGGAGCGGGAGGGUUACGAGACAUUGCUGGUGGGAUGAAUGCUAAUCGGGUACGUUACCUCUUCUCUUCCCACCCAUUCCCAUUCCCAUUUCUCUCGCCUCCUCGUCAUGCAUUCACCGCUCGAAAGGUCCAACGCACUCCCCUCCGCCAAGCGCAAGCCCAGCUCUCAGGCGGCGGAUUGAUCCCCAGCCUACUCGCGCAUUCUCUUCUGCCUCGGCUGGCACUGGCAUCCCUCGUCGCUCGGUCAUCGGCACAGGAAACAGAGCCUUUCAACCAAACCGCACGCUAUCCGCCUCGAUCUCUGGCUCGGACACCGAUCACGGAGAGAGGCGAGUGUAUUUCAGAGUGUGGCGGCGCGUUUGCUAAAGCUCGUAAGUUUUAG